CCUUCUGACCAACACGCACGUGCUCUUCAGAAGCAGUGCAUAUCCCUCAAGACUACGUCAGAAGAGCGUUGCUGAACGCAGAAGACAAGUUAAAUCCAGGGACCACUGAGAAGAAAUAUGUGACAAUGUGCUGUUCUUAUAGAGGCUCAACAUGACUUUCUGACGACGAGUUGGGCCAGUUGGCUGUGAACGUCCGUUGCGUUGUCCGUGAGCAUCCAGGGGAAAGGAAGAAGAGGUACGGCGACGUUAGCGUGCCUGGGGCGCAGAGAUGACGGCCCUGGAGCGGGACCGAAAUACCUUCAGGGCCAACCUGUUCGAACUUACGCGCUGCGUUGCCUUACUUCGACCGACGCCAUGGGUCAAAGUGGCCAAGUUGAUGGCAUCCUGUCCCAAAGAGAUGGCACGAGGGGUAUUCCGUAUCGACCAACGUGGCCAGGACGCCGUCAUUGCCCUGGGUAUUUACUUCAUGGAGUCGGGCUUCCAGCACAAGGAACGGAUCAUGCCCUAUUUCCUCAAGCUCAUGCGCGGUUUGCUAAAAGCACAUUUCCAGGAAGAGGUCAAGUACGAAGCCGAAGAGCGUAUCCCAGUCCGAGAGCGGUUCUGCUUCCUCUUGAUGACCAUCUUUUCAGACUCGGCGUACCAUUGUCCGGAAGCUUGCGAGGAAAUUCUAAACAACCAGGUAGACUUCUUGGGGGCCCUGGUACGAAUCUGCGUCAGCGCCAAGAGUACGGACUCCCCCUCGGCUGCCAACACUCUGAACGCGAAGAUUGCGCACACGGUUGUGCCCCUCAUCAUGGGCACGUGUCGUGCCAUGGCGCGAUGCAGCUUCGAACCGCCUUAUCUCAUCUCCCAAAUCUUCCCGCCAGCCGAGAAGGUCGAAAUCGAGGAGGUCGAGGGCUACGAGAGUUUCUGCAAGAAAAAGAAGCAGGCUAAUUUGUACAACCCUCCUCUCGUUCCCAGACGGGCACUGGUCGACUUCUGGGUGGGUCAGAAAGGAGUUGCCAGGGAACGUAGAGAUGCUAUCCUGCCGUACGAAGUGGUCUCGACACCGAUAGCUUUCAAGCCUUCGACGUUCAUCCUGAAGGUGUGCGGUUCCAGCUUUAGCCAGAUUAAGCUGUUCACGAAGAGAGGGGACGUACCGAGGAGAGCGCACUUAAAGUUCACUCCCGUCAAAAUCCAAGCCAUUCUAACUUUUGCCGAUAGAUUGUUGUCUCCAGAGAUGCUGGACUAUCUGGAUCACUGUGCGUGGGACCUGUUCGAGACUGGAGCCUUGAAACAGAAUCCGUACAAGUCGUUCAGCGAGGUGCUACGGCUCGUGGUACUGUCGCUCAUGCAAGAACUGCUGUGCACUUAUUCCGUGGCGGAGAAAGAAGAUUGGAAAACCAAUUCCCCACUAUUCUACAGUCUCUCUAAGGACAUGCAAAAGUUUGCUAAGCACUUGUUCAUCAACGGGCAGAAGGACAUACAGCUCAAAGCGUACGACGCUAGCGAGCAGGAGCAACGGGAAUCUGGCUACACGAUCGCUAACCGUUUUAAAAUCAACGUUCAGACCAUAGCGACCUGCGUGGAGAUCCUAGUGUGGGCGGAGUACGACGAUAACGGCGGCGACAUGCUCUGUACUAAAUUGACGGAGAAGAUUUCGAGCCCGCAUGGCCUUAAGCUCGCUUUGGGACAUCUGCCAAUCUUCAUCGUCUGCCUCGAAGGCAUCGGGGUUUUGGCUCAGAACUUUCCAGUAAUUGUAGACAGCUGCAUUGACGCGUUGCGAGAGUUUCUCGGAAACCCGGCUCACAUUUUGCAGAAGCUUUUCCAAUGUAUGGAUGAGGCCACGGCUGGCGAUAAUCCUGGUACUAGAGUGAUUUGCAUGAAUGCCAUGCGUCAGGUACGGGAGACAGCUACUCUGAGUGUAUGCAACGUGCUCAGAGUAGGUAUGGAAAGAGAUCAGGAAUGUGUCCAGGCUUAUUUGGCAUCAGCAUCGAACAAGUUAUACCAGGCUGAGAUCGGUGGCGGCCAAGGUACCCUCAUUGCUCUGAACACGAUCUUGUCAUUGGGCAUGAUAUCAGUUGAAUUGGCUGGUACACCCAAGACCGAGAAAUCAGUGCUGCAGUUCUUUCAGCAGCGUUUCUGUAAACCACCUUCAGCACUGGAUACGCUUAUAGUGGACCAAAUGGGGCAUAUGCUUGUGGCAAAGGUGGACCGCUCCGUUCGAGAUGAGAUCAUGAAGAUGUUGACCAUGAUUACGCUGGUUGCAAACUCAGUGCAAGCGAAACAACAAACGGGAGAGUUUCAUGGCUACAAGCACGUUGCUCUGCCGGUCAUCAAGGUUUUCAUCAAAGUCGCAUCAGGCAUCGAUGGCGCUGAAGACCAACUGGAGAUGCUGAGUACGUUACUGGAGCUUUUCGUUCAGAUCGGCAUUGACGGCUGCAGAUAUUGUGAAAAUCAAGCCUCUUUUAAGGAGUCGGGCGUUGCUGGAAACAUGGGCAUUCUCCUACCGGUGAUCGCGACCUUAGUACGACGAAUGGAACCGAUUACUGGUGCGAAACCAAGACUCCACAAACUCUUCUGGGACUUUUGGCUGUACGCUUCCCUCAUGGGCUUCACCGUCAUGUCUGGCGUAUGGCCAUUGGAAUGGUAUUAUGGCGCCGCCGAUAUCGCCUUGAAGUCACCCGUCCUAAUAUGCAAAGAACACUUGAGGCCUGUCCUACACUUUACAACCAACACACGAAUGGAAACUGCCGCUAUAGUUGACCUCAGCGAUGUCAAGUUUCAGCUUCUGAAGGAACUGAGAGGCGGCACCGACAUCAGCACUGUUUUAUAUAGGCUCAACUUUCAGCAGACAACUUAUCUGCUGUCUGUACACGACUUGGAGACUUUGCGAAUCCAGAACUCUAUUUAUACGAAGACGCCGUACCAUAUCAUGAUGCAGUACAUGGAAUGUCCGCUGCUGCAGAAGGACAAGACUGGCAUGUUUACGUGUAUCCUGGCGGUCGCCGACAAAGUCUUCGAUAUUUUCCUCGACGUGAUGAUGGAAAAACCUAAACAGGAAGACAGAGAGACAGAACUGGAAGACGCCUUUGUCUUUCUUCUCGUCAAAUUCGUGGACCCCGAGAAAGCCAUACGGCGAGUCGCCGACAAAUUCAUAUCGGGAUUUAUCGAUCGGUUUCCGCAUCUCCUGUGGAGCAGGAAGGUCCUGUGGGCAAUGUUGGAUAUCCUCCAAGCUCUCGCUCUGUCCCUCGAGUUAGACCCGAACGAGACUGGGCAGGAAGUCAUCGUACCUUACACACCCUACUCUAUCACGCUGACGGACACAAUGGACGGACGAGAGACGAUCGUCCGCGACCUGGCGGCACACUGCCAAGGGAUUGUACAGGAAGCAGUCAAGUGGGCCCCCAUCGCUACGCGCUCGCACCUGCAGGAAUACAUGGUGACAAACUCAGAAAUGGUGGAAGCGCUCACUCAACACACAGGAGUUGGUCUGGCAAUCGAGAGUAUCAUGCUAUUUGCUGGAUUGAACAUAAUCUCGUCACCCCAUUCCUUGUCCCUGUUGGACCGCUGGCCGGCUUGUGUCAAGAAGGACUACUCGGAGUUUAUCUGUUCAAUGGAAAUACGUUGUCGGUACGCGGGUGAAGUAGCUGGGUUACUGAUGAGCUCACGUAACACGGAGUACACGCGUAGGGAGCUGGCGGCGAAGUUAAUGAACCAGCUUCAUUCCAGCUGGAUGACGAAGCAAAAGAAGCUUCACAAGAAGUGUAUCUUCAGGAUCUGCGCGCUGUUGGUGAACACGACUGGGCUGGAUCGAAAGUUGCUCAAGGCUCUCUGCUGGUCGCCCGUCGAGUUCUUCUCCGAGGAACCGACACGGAACGCAAUUUAUUGCUGGCAGUGGUUCUUGGCAGCCAAGCCCGAGGAAGAAUUGCGAUUCUUGCACGAGAUGUCCAGUGCCUGGCUGGCGACCGUCGAACGAGAGCUAGGCCUUUUCUCCAGAGACCCGGUGCAGACUGAUCCGUGCGCUGUCGGCGAGAACAGCGACUUGAGUCCGCACAAUCCCUACAUUGCGCCACACGAGCUGUGGGUCAACUUUCUCGUCGAGAAGAUGGAAUCCGCAAAGUUCUGCAGCCAGGCACAGAUCGAGAUCUUCACCAAUCUUAUAUACCGAUCCUUUUCGCCUAUUAUUGGUCAGCCCAAGUUCAGCUGUCGCCAUAUCUCCGUGGUGGGCUCGCGGUUUAACCUGUUGAGCAGCGCCAUCUCACUUCUUCAAAGUGAUGCCCUCAAUAAUAAUCUCAUUCGUAGUAUUCUUCGGGAAAGGAUCUACGCUGCUGCUUUGGAUUAUUUCUGUGGACCUCAAAUGUACCCAACCGAGAGGGGUGGAAAGCUGCGAGAGAAUAUCCUCAUGAUGGUCAAGUUCUGGAUGGCACUUCACAAUGAUAAGAAAUAUCUGCGUCACUGUAACUUUGCCAAAGAUAUGGUCUCGUACCAGUUGAAGAACGCGUCAGGUUCACAGUCAAUGCCGACUGCGAUGGGAGAGAGUAUAACCCCGAUCGAUUUGUACACGAUGCCGACGACGCCUUCUGGUUGGCAACAGCAGCUUUUCAACAAAGCGUCAAGCGAGAGUUCGACGACUUCUAGAGCAACAUCCACAACCACCUCCAAAGACUUCAAGGACAGCCCACAGGUUGCAGAUUCGUCUUACGCGAAGGAAUACCUAAGAAAACGGUCCCUCAUCCUGGCACUCAUGUCCGUAGAAAUCGAAUUCCUAAUCACGUGGUACAACCCGAUGGCGUUGGGCGACAAAAUGAUUCCCGGGGAAGACAUUAUCAGUUCGUGGAGAAGCCAGCACAUAACGGAGCGGGGAUGGAUAGACAUGGCCAAGACAGCGUGGGGACUCUCACCUACAUUGGCGGUGUACCUACCAAGCAGGUUCAGGUCGUCUGACCUUCUCCGCAGCGAAGUCGUUCAACUGGUGCAGCGUAAUCCAGACGAGGUGUGCCACCUGGCCGAAGCGUUGCAGUACAUGAUCACUCCGGAAAGCGUACUCGACGACUCGCCGGACCUGUCUUACAUGCAGGCCUGGGCCCCCGUGUCUCCCGUCAAGGUCUUGCCGUAUUUCUCGCGCAUGUACUCUCCCCACCCAAUCACAGCCCAGUACGCCAUCCGGGUCCUUUCGGCAUGCGGUCCGGACGUGCUCAUCUUUUACAUUCCUCAACUGUCCCAAGCGGUCCGUUACGACACCAUUGGAUACAUCCGCGAAUUCAUCAUAUCGUCUGCGAACAUCAGCCAGCUGUUGACGCACCAGUUCAUUUGGAACAUGCGCACCAACAUGUUCCGGGAUGAAGACGGUCAGGAAAAAGACGCUGACUUGUACGUCCCCUUCAACAGCAUCAUCGACACCAUGGUCAGUAAUUUGAGCGGGAAAGAAAAGUUAUUCUACGAAUCCGAAUUCGACUUCUUCACGAAAAUAACCGCCAUAUCCGGCGUGCUGAGACAUUUCCCGAAAGGUCCGGAACGCAAACGCGCCUGUCUCUGCGAGCUCUCCAAAAUCAAGGUCGAGCAGGGUGCCUACUUACCUUCGAGUCCGGAAGCCAUCAUCCUAGACAUCGACUAUGCUUCUGGCGCCCCCAUGCAGAGCGCCGCUAAAGCUCCAUUCCGAGCGAAGUUUAAGGUGCGCAAAGUGGGGAUCGAGAAGGUACAAGAGAUCGCCACGAGCGGGUACAAGGACCUGAGCGAUUCUGGCAUGUUGUUCACGGCAGACAUGCGGAAGGAUCACUGGCAGGCCGCGAUCUUCAAGGUGGGUGACGACGUCAGGCAGGACAUGCUGGCGUUGCAGAUCAUCUCGCUCUUCAAGAACAUCUUCCUCAUCGCUGGCAUCGAUACGUAUUUGUUUCCGUACCGCGUGGUGGCAACCUCGCCGGGCUGCGGCGUCAUCGAGUGUGUACCGAACACGUCGUCCAGGGACCAGCUGGGACGCCAGACGGACAUUGGGAUGUACGAGUACUUUAUACAGAAGUAUGGCGAUGAGUCAACGCGAGGAUUUCAAGAAGCAAGAAGCAAUUUUGUCAAAAGCAUGGCAGCUUACAGCGUCGCCAUGUUCCUGUUACAGGUCAAGGACAGGCACAACGGGAAUCUUCUCCUGGACGAAGACGGUCACAUCAUCCACAUCGAUUUCGGCUUCCUCUUCGAAAGUUCUCCAGGUGGAAAUAUUGGCUUCGAGCCGGACAUAAAGUUGACCGAAGAAAUGGUCAUGAUCAUGGGAGGCAAGCAAGAGGCCGAACCUUUCAAGUGGUUCACGGAACUGUGCGUCCGUUGCUUCCUGGCAGUUCGUCCCUACAAGGAUGACGUCGUCUCUCUCGUGUCCCUCAUGCUGGACACGGGACUGCCCUGUUUCCGAGGCCAGACGAUUCGGCUGCUCAAGCUCAGGUUUGCGCCCACGGCCACAGAGAAAGAGGCGGCAGCUUUUAUGAUAAAGAUUAUCAACGAUUCUUAUCUGAACAUUCGUACGAAGACUUACGAUAUGAUUCAGUACUAUCAGAACCAGAUACCUUACUGAGGCCGCCAAGAAAAGCCAGCAGUGCUUGCUGCUGCUUACAAUGCUCGCACGUUGAACAAAAGUGCAUCUACUUCUAUUGUAAAUUGAUCAUAAAAUAUACAUAAGGAAAUCGACAAUAAAUACCACGAAUAUCCAGCUGUAAUGCGGGAAUAAUGCA